AGCGCUGAAAAGGCGACAGAAGAAAAGCAGCAGAGCGAUAAGACGACACGGUCGGAUUUUUUGCUCUUGUGUGGUGCAAAGUUUGCUGUCGAAAAAAUAAAGAUCCCGUUUCGGGGACACAACAAAAGCGAUCAAAACUUGCGUCAUAUCACAGUUGGCGGCACCGGUUCCAUCCGGGAAGUGUCCAUUGAAGGAGAAAAGCGGUCCGGAAGCGAAAAAAACGUGGAAGAACCAACAAGAAAGCAUUCAUCAGAAGUCGGAACAGCAAGGAUCUGGAUCUAGAAGGAGGAAGUUCCGGGAGCGAAAGAAAAAUGAAUCGAGCGUUGGAUUAUCGACGAAAAUAAAAAAAGAAACAAUUGUAACAGUGACUAUUGGCAGACGGGAACAGGAAGAAGCAAGGAUUUUCGAAGGGUAGAGGAGUAGGAAGCAGAUUAACAAAAAUGGCCAACAGCAAACGCACAAUUCGCGUAUUUAGCCUGUUGGUGAUCUUCUUGCAAUUGAAGGCCCGGGUUCAUUCGGAACAGCCUCAACAGGAAUUGCAGCAGCAGCACCAUAGCGAUCAGCUGGGUUUUGGCGCACAGGAAAUGUUUUCGCCGUCGUCGCAGGAUUUAAUGGACGAAAUGUUCCAGAGGGGCGAAGCGGUUGUCAGGGGACCCGGAGUAUUGGGAACCGACAAGACGAGCCCAGAGUUGGUGGGAAAUCUGGUGUUCCAGCCCAGCUUGCUGGAUUUCUUGGAACGCUCGAUUGGUGAUCCGCACAACCAGGUGGUAAUCCUGAUUAACAAACAUAAGAGUCGAAGCGUGUUUCUGGGCUCAAUCUCUGGCAGUACGCCGGAUUUCUACAGUUCUUACUUCAAGGAGUCGGUCAUUCCACCGGAAGGAAACACCACCUUCAACGUAGUGUUCCUUCCUCGACAGCUUGGAGCUACGGAUGGAUCGAUUGAGAUUCACACAUCAUUUGGACUGUUGCAGUACCAUGUCAAAGGGGAAGGUAUCGAGUGUCCUUAUCGGCUCAAACCCUUGGUGGGCCUAACGGCGCCCUUGAAUGCCACACUUACACCUGAGAUUACGCUGUAUAAUCCACACGAUUCACCACUACAGAUUGUGGAAAUCUACAGCAGCGGAGGCAGCUUCCAGUUGGAACUGCCAAGUGGCGCCCAGGAAGGUCCACAAGCCCUAUGGGAAAUUCCUCCGCACAGCACAAGGAGUGUAAUCCGUGUUCGAUUUCACGGCAAAACUCCCGGAAAGCAUACGUCUUACGUGCGAAUAAAGAUAUCCGGUGGAAGCGAAGAGCCAACGCUUAUUGACAAAAUGCUAGUGGUUCCAAUCGAGAUCGAAAUACGGAAAGAAACUGGUCUUUACACACAAGUACCUUUUCUGGAUAUCAUUGCUGAUAGCACGAAAGAGAAUCUAACUAAAAUAAGUUGGAAUGUGACAAAUUCUGGCGAACGUCCAAUGUUUAUCAAGUUAGCAAGCGCCUUUCCUCGUGGAAACCUUUUUGACGUUUUAACAGGAUAUGACGUUAUUGUUACUCGACAACCACAAGACAUGAUUCAUUUGCAGAUUGAUUGGACUCAAUUCCCUCCAGAUUUAAAAGUGGUAUCAGGAGUAGUUAUGGUUGGCUAUGAUUCUACAAGUACACCGAACAGAAACCCUGAGUUCUCAUUCGUAAUUCCUUUCUCUGUUCAAAUCCUCAGAGGAAGCAUACAAUACGAGCCGGAAAUUCUAAAAUUCCGUACAUCAGAUGAUGGCCACCACCUAAGUCGAAAUACGCAACCGCAAACUCCACGGCGUUUGGUAAUCAGAAACAACUUGAACGUGCCAUUAUAUAUCUCCAACAUAACCGUACCUGAGAAUUGCUCUAAAAAUUUCCGGAUCGAAGGAUUCCGGCCCAAAGUUCUACAACCAGAUCAGGCAGAAACUCUCCUCCGGAUAUCGCGCAUUACCACAGACAACCUCAACCGAUCCAUUUCGUCGUACAUCCGCCUAGUGACGAACGUCACCGAUUACAACCUUCCCGUCUACAGCUAUACCGGAAAGUUGAAACGUAUACUCCCAUUUUCCACAACUACGCCCCGUCCCCCGUCGGAAUACGAAAAGCUAGAUCUGGACGAUAAGGAACUAAACUUCGGUAUACUACCGAUCUCGACGAUUGGCGAAACGCUGAUCGCCUUCUUUAACUCCAAUCCGGUGGAGAUCGCCAUCCGGCACUGGAAGGGUGCCAUCACGUCGGAAGGUUCGGGAGCACCCACCAUCACGGUGAUCCUUCGGGGCUGUGGACCCCACUCAGGCGAAAAUCUCAUCUUCUGCCACACCAUUUUGCCGAAGCACUGGAUCGUGUUCCAGGUCAGUGUGCAAUCCAGCACGACCGAUAGCUACCAGGGACGGUUUAGCAUUACCACCGACUACGAGGAGAUUGUGACACCGAUCAGCUUUACCACAGCCGUUGGCAACCUGGAACUCAACCGGGAGCUGCUGCACUUCGAUGAUUGCUUCCCGGGAAAACUUUGCUCGCUGAAUCUGACAGCCCAUUCAACGUUCCUAUCGAAGAUCCACGUGGAGGGCAUCAAGACCGACGUGGACGGUAUCGAGUUUACGGUGGACAGCCGGCAGCCGGUGAUACAUCCCAACACGGUGACCAACAUUGGCCGGCUGCUGUUUGAUCCGAAGGUCAUUUGCAAGACUGACUGCUACAGCAGUUUCGAUUUGCUUUCGAAACCGUUCGGCGUCAAGUGGAUGGCCACGCUGGACAAUUACGAACAGUAUCGGAAGCUGGACAGCGAAAAACUACUCCAGCAGUUGAAACUGUACUCGGAGAUGAAAAAUUCGUGGAAGAGCAUCCGGUUCCAGCUGGUGACGGAUCCCAUUAGGAAGUUUGAGUUCAAUGCAUCGGUGGAUUUGGUGUGGCCAAAACUCCUGACGGAGAAUAUUCACUUUCCAAAUUUACAGGUGAACCAAGAGGCGGUGAAACUUAUUACCAUUAACAAUCCGUCGGAUCAGAUUCUGUUCGUGCACUUGGUGCUGCACGAUGUGAAUGUUCACGGGCACGACAUUAGCGGCCUUCCGCCGGAGAUAUUGUCCAAGUGUGAUAAUUGUAGCUUGAGUGAGGAAAACGUUUUUUCGUUCUUUCUGUUCGACUACGAUGAUAUCUAUGUGAACUAUGUGAAGCCCAAGUCGUUUUUAAAGAUAGCUAUUAGGUUCGUGUCCAAAGUGCAAGGGACUUACUCGACCCUUUUCUACAUGCGUAACAAUCUCACAUUGAUCGACGCAGUUUGGAUUCAAGCCAGAGCCGUGGUGCCGCAGUUUAAGUUUGGCAAUAGAAAACCUGGCUCUCCAACGGCGUUACAAUUCGAAAUCACGGACAAGCAUCUUAAGUCGUGUUCAAGGUUCCAGGAACCAGGCGUUGAUGAGAACGCAGUUUCAAUUCAAACGAAGCGUUCCUUUACUGCGCGAAAUUACGGAGAGGUUGCUAUUAUGAUAUCGGGUAUUCGGGUGGAGGAUAUUCUAUGCGAAGGUUAUGGCUUCAAGAUUUUGGACUGUUCUCCGUUCGAACUUCCACCCAAUGCCAGCAAAAAGAUUGAGAUAGCGUUCUCUCCUGACUUCACCCUGGCUAGAGUGACUAGAACGCUUAAAUUUGACGCUAAUGUAAACUUUCCCGUCAAUUUUACCCUGCUGGGAACGGUACCAGCGCAUGGAUUGGAAUCGUGUAGCUCGAACUUGGUCAGGCCAUGGUUCGAGUCGAUAAUGAGGAUUAUCCUAAUGUGUGUGCUUUCGCUGGCUUUGGUUGGAACUCUGGUGGCGUCAUUCUUGGAUGCGAAUAAAGUUAUCAGAGAUCAUAUCGACAACCUGUCCAGAGAUAGGGGUCCCAUCCAACCACCUCUAGAUCUUCGACAAAUUGCACUGCAGAGCCCUACAUCUACGGACGAAGCCUCUGCAGACAAAGUUGCGGUUAACCAGAACAGCGUUCGAAACAUCCAGAAUCAGAAUGUAAAGAAGAAACCUCCGGCCAAACAGCCGAAUUCCAAAGUUUCCAACGGAAACGCAUUCAACAAAACUUGGAAUGAUUUUACCUCGAAGCUUGGAAGAGGAUUCAGUUCCAAACCAACUGAGCCCGCGACAAACAAAUCCUCGCCGGAAACGGAUAAGCGAGCUCAGAAAAACCGGCGAUCUAUUACUCCUCCUAAGGAGGAAAUCCAGCCUUUCAUUUCGACCACAAUCCAUCAAGCCUCUCCUCCCAGCACCAAAGAACGCAACAAGCCUCCAGUCGAUGAAGAUUCCAGCUCAACAACGACGGAAGGCUCAGAGUCAUCGUCCUCCUCUACGAUGUCGUCCUUAUCGGCAUCAUCGUCAAUUUCGGCGUCGUACAAAACGCCGCCACCCUCCACCGAUUCUAAACCAAGCAAAUCAUCCACGCCUUCGAAUCACCAUCAGCAUCACGCUCCGAGCAGAACUCCACCCAGUGAAACAAAACCGGAUUCUAGCUCAAUUGUCAGUAUCAGCAACAACCAAAACCAUAGUCUCAGCAGCAGUCACCAUCAUCAGUAUCAUCAGCAACCGUCUAAACCAGCGACAGUUACGCCUUUACCCCAGCAGCCUUCAGCGGUCAGCAAAAUGCAUGUCAAAAAGACCAAAAGCCUUCCGCUUGGGUAUGAGUCCGGAGCCGGAAUCGCAUUAUCUCUCGGAACAUCGAUCGUCACGCCACCGCAUCAGAAGUUCUCCUCAUCAACGAUGGCGUCCGCAGCGAGCAAGGAAUCGUUCAAUGGAACGGCCACAGGGAUUCGUAGCAACAGCGGAAAGGGGCUUGGAAACGAGAAAUCCUCGGGAAAAAGUUCGCAUGGUGGCAAGAACGCGGACAGGUCUUCUAGAGAGCACGCUAGCAAGGAGAAUGGCGCAGCCUUCGGUGAUCACGGUGGAAAGAACGAUUCGUCACAGUCCAAGAAGUUCGGGAAGACACCAGGCCGCGAGCGCAAAUCAAACGGCGGCAAUAAGAAAGGCUCCAAGACCCUACACAAGGCUCAAGCGUUGCAGUUUUCCUCGCCGAAUUUUGGUGGCAAAUCCGGUGGCAACGGCAAUGGAUCAGGCGCCAGCUUUUUCCUUACCAGUAGCAACAUCCCGUCCGGUAACAGUCAAAUCCCAACACCCCCCAAUGUUUGGGGCGAGAACCGGGCUCGCUUCAGCGAUGUGGUGGCUCAAGCUGCCAGCAAUGUGGACAAACCUAGCACAAGUAGUGGCAGUGGUUUGAGUGCUUCUAAAAUGCUAAACUUCGAACUGAUGGCUAACAGUAUGAAUAUGGGGAAGAACUUUGGCGUAGGUUCUAUGUCAAAUGCCGUGACAUCUCCUCUCGUGUCGGAUCAACUCCAAGGUGAGGCUUCGAAGGUAGCAGCCACACUAUUCGGAAAAGCCAAGGACGACAAUUUCGUUUCGAUGGAGAAAAAUUCCAACACAGGCGUUGGUUCUGAGCUGGGUCCAAUUGGAACAACGAAGAAAUCUCCAUCGGCUACGCCAAAGUGCUGGGAACCAUUUGGAAAUGUGAUUCAACGACCCACAGCUGUUUCUAUGAGCAACGAUCUGACUAGUUCGGAUAGUUAUUUCUCACAAGCCUUUGCAAACUAUAAUCCUAGCAGUAAUGGCGAUAAUUUCCAUGCAAACAGACGAGAUCUUCAAACACAAUCGGCAUUCGGAACACUGAAUAACAAUGGCCAUGGUUUGAGUGCUUCUGGAGGGAUUGAUUCAGUCGGAGACCCGAGCCAGAUAAUGCUGAAUCAACGCGACUGGGAUGCCAACAACAUCUUAUGGCAAAUGCUACAAAAGCAUGAGGAAUCGAACUCGGCAUCAAUGAUGAACUGGAAUUCCCCUUGGACUUCUCCCGCAGUCUUCUCCCAGGCUGGUCAUCUCCACCAGCAAUCGAACCCGGCUGUCUCUGGAAUGCAUAUGAAUUCACGUUUGACCAACAGCUGGCUCAACACAGGUGCACCAUCGCGACCACCCCAAAUGCCCCUUCGUGCGCCUCCAGGAUUUUCUCCGGUAAAGCCCACACCAAACCCUUCUCUGGUGGCUCAAACGCAAGCUCAUCAACUGAAUGUUCUGCACCAGCAACAGCAGCAACAACAACAGCAACAGGAUUCAGUUAACGCCAAUGCAAACACGUCAUCCGUUCCGGCAUACGAUCCGUUCCGCUUGAGCUCGAUUUGGGCUCCGGCCAACUCCGGAAGCGAUGUAUGGAACGAGAAGCAGUAAAUCGAACCAAAACAGAUUCAAACUCUGUUUUCGAAUGAACAAAGAAUGUAACAACACUGCUGAUUUACGUUUUACUUUUAUUUUUUAUUCCUUGAACUAGUUUUUACUGCAACCGUAGAUACUCAGAAGGUUUUGAAUUAGAACUUAUUUUUGUCAGUUUGAACGCGCUGUGAUUAAACCACAAAGCUAUCCUUUGUAACUAAUCUUUCUACGUUCAGUUUGAAAUGUUUCUACUAAUUUUAUUUUAGUUUUUUUCUUUUUCCUAGAUUACACUACUAACAAUGCACCUAGGUUCAUUUGUUUUUUUUUUUUCUUCGGUUACUGAAAGCUUCUGUUCCAUUUAUCCUACCAGAGAGUAGGUAAUAUUGCCGUGGAACAGAUCGAACGUCGAGGCAGAAUUUGCAACCAUCAGGCAAAAUUAUUGAAUUUGAAAACUUCGAAAUAAACAAGCAACGUUUAAAUUGGAAGUCGUACAUUUAAACAAAAAAUAUUCAAUACUUAUAAUAUCCUAAAGGAAAAGAGAUACUAAAAUUAACAAUGUGUAAAUGAAUUGUAACUGAAGAACAAUCGAACCUGGUUUCGAACGCGGUUCUGUCACUGUAUUGCGAAUUUCGAGUUAUUUCUCAUGGGAUAUGAACUCGGAAUACCUACUGCACACAGUAAAGUCUUGAAAUGAUGAUGAUGACACCCAUACGCCAAUGGAUCUUACGCUGAUGAUGACGAUUGGAUACUCGAGCAAGAAUAAUAAAAAACCAAACCAAUUUGGACAAAAGAAA